UUCAUAAAAAGCGAAGGGUUUUAAAGUAUUUGCAAAUUGUUCUUUUAUUAUUGUCAAGUUAUUGGAGUUGUAAAAAGAACGUCAUUUUUUUUAAUAAACGCUCAAUUCAAGUGAGAAAACUAAUUGGGUAUAUAUUGUUUCAUAAUCAAUGAAGAUGAACAAUAAACUGGUUAGAAUAAAUAUUGCAGCGUCUUGCGUACUUCUGUUUGGUGGUAUCUAUUUCUUGGAACUAUAUAAUAUAAUAAAUUUACCAAUGGUUAACGUAAACUUAUGUGCAUCGUCUGCCGUCACAGAAAAUAGUAAAAAACUGGAAUACAAAAACUUUUUUUUAACUGAGGAACUUGAUUGUAAAACCUUUAUUUAUGAUGCUUCUGAAUGGACGUUAACAUACCAAAAGUUAAACAAAACUUAUCAUGAAAGCAACAACAGCAAAAAUGAAUUUAAAUGUAAAAAAAAAUUACUCAAGUUAUUAAAUAGUAACAGUGUUAAACGAAUUGUAUACAGUGACAAAUCUGUUAAAAACCGCGGUUGCACAAAAAGUACAGCUCAAUGCAAAGAAAAGGCCUAUUUUAAUUAUAGAUUAAAAAAAAGAAUAAACACGCCUCCUUGCUGCAGAGAAAAGCUGUUAGAGAUGUUAACCCAUUUCACAGAAGAGCUUCAAGCGUUGCAUGUAUCGCAUAUGUUAGCAUUUGGAUCCGUUAUUGGAUGGGCUCGAAACGGAAAAAUGGUUCCAUACGACACUGACAUUGAUUUAAUACUUGAUAAAGAAUUUUGGAAAACUCCAUUGUUUUACAAUGUUAUAAACAAAUUGGAAACAAAAUAUGGAUACAAAACAUCUUUUGCUGAUGAUGGAAUAAAGUUUCGUAUAAGUUAUAGCCCAAUUAAUUCCAACACAAUUGAAGCAUGGCCCUUUGAAAUAAUUAAACGUGGAAACAUUGCCGAGGUUUCAAUUCCACAUUAUGGUUGGAAAAAACAACCUUUAGAAAAUUUAUUUCCUGAACGAUAUGUAAGUUUUGAUAAUGUGAUGACUUUUGUACCGCGUGAUACAAGCAGUUAUUUAGACAAUUUGUAUACUAAUUGGAGGAGUGAAUUAGAUUGUUCUAGUAAAGAAAACAACAAAUGCGUUGAGAAAUGUCAAUAAAUUAGUUAAUAAAAGAAGUUAGCGCGUUUAAACAUUUUUUUUCAAUAAUAAUUUUAGUUGCUUUUAUGCUAUUUGUUUUAAAAAAACUUUAUAAUUUAAAAGUUUAACGACUGUCCAAAAUACAGUUUAAUAAAGAUUUUACAAAUCAAUUAAACAAUAAUAACCAAAAUUAUUAGGAAUGUGUAAACAAACUCAGAGUCAUUGUAAAACACUCCUGUUUUAUAUUUUAUAGUAUGAUGGUUGUUUAUAAUUAUUUUCUUAAAAUGACGAAACAGUAAUGUAAAGCUAUCUUUGUAAAAUACU